GAGCCACCCAGGUGCCUCAAAGUGUGUGUUUUUCUGUGUCACGUAUCCUUCCCCAUCCAAGGGUCAUGUCAGCCAGAGUCAGAGGUCUUGCUUCCUAUCCCAAAGCAGAGACCAGAUCUCGUCAAAAAUAAGUCUCCCACUUGGGGGGAAAGCCUGAGCCUAAAAUUCCCAAGUCCACUGUCCUGCACCUUCCCAGGGACCCAAAACAGCGACUCGGGGGUGUUCAGCCACUUUGGACCUAUGCUGACAUUUGCAACUGACUCUGUGGCCCACUACGAGGCCAGGAGGCCCAAGAAGUCUCGAGAAAGCAGGCUUCCUCUAGGUAGCCUGGUAUUUGCCGAGACAGCUGCCCCCAUCCCCUGGAUGCUGGAGAGCUUCUUCCAACAUGGGGCCUCCUUGGCUCCCACUGCCUGGACUAUUCAUUUGUUCUCCGAUGUCGCCUCUCCUCGGCUGCCUCUCCGGGCAUCCAAACAGUCUGAAGCAUUCCUGGUCUCAAGGCCCUCCGUCACCCUGAGUCUAGGAGCUAUAAGGCCUGGCUCUGCCCAGUCACCUGGAAGGCCCUUCCUGCUGGGAAUCUUGUUGGGGGGGUGGGGGGAUGUGGCUGCAGACUAGCCCAGGCGAGGGGGACCCGGCCAGGCCAGCCAGGAGGUCCAGCCUUUGACAAGGCCCUCGAUGACCAGCCAGGCUGGUCGGGCACUAGCUUCCUGCUGUUCCCCCAGAGAGCCCCAGGGGAUACCCUCCAUGAUGGAGGUUAGGGCCACUGGGAAGGAGACUAAGGGGCACCUAGACCUGCCAUCCCGACCAAGUCAGGACACAGCAGGGCCAGGACUCAUCCUCCCGCCGGGAACGGAUGCUACACGGGAGCCGACACAACCCACAGAGGCAACCAGUCCUGAAAGUCAUGGGCCUUCGGAGCUUCAGAAGAACCUGAGAGCCUUCUCUGAACUCCCCUUGCUGGGGUGA